GGCAAAGGGAGGGAGGGGACAGGAGGCGACCCAAGGCGCAGGGAGCCGGCCGGCUGGCCUGGGUCAGGCCUCAGGCCGCUGGAGCCCCGUGUGUCGCAGGCCACCGGGCAACCACUGGGGUACACGCUGCGCGCUGCGAGGGGUCCACCGCAGAUCCCAAGCCCCAAACUUCAAGUCGGAAGGGGUGAGACGCUGGGCAUAAAGACAGGUGGCAACCUGUCUGGACGCUGCCCUCCUCCCUGAGGACCGCCACCUCCACCCUACUGAAUCUCAGCCCUUACUCCGGCCACUAUAUUGCCUUUGGCCCGUGAUGAAGCGGGGAGGCGGUGGUCCCACGGCGGCCCCAGAGGCCGAGCUGGGCGACGUGCCCCUGGUACUGCCGCGGCCCAGGGCCUGUCCCGCUGACGUGCGGCUCUGCGGCCACCUUCGGAAGCAGAAGUCCCAGCGCCGCCGCUUCUUCGUGCUGCGCGCGGAUCCGCCGAGCCUAGAGUGCUACGAGAGCGAGAAGAAGUUCCGCACCGGCCGAGCGCCGCCCAAACUCAUCGUGAGCCUGGCGGGCGCGUGCACCAUCAGCACGCGCGUGGACGCGCGCCAGCGCCACCUGAUCCUCCUGUACACGCGUGACCGCAGCCUGGGCGUGGCGGCGGCCUGCGAGGCGGAGCAGCAGGCGUGGUACAGCGCCCUGCUUGAGGUGCGCGCGGCCGCGGGUCCCAGCUUUCACGAGGACCCCAGGGCCUGGAUCCUUGCUCCAUUUCAGGACGUCUGGCCCGUGACGCUGCGGCCCAAGGGACUGGGGAGGACACGAAGCCCGGGCAGCGGCCGCUAUCGCCUGUGCCUGGGUUCGGGGGUGCUGAGCUUGCUGCGGAAGCCCAAGGGCAGAGGCUCUCGGGACACCCAGGCUUCGCCUCCGCCGGCCCUGCGCCUGUCGCUGCUCAGCGUGCGCCGCUGCGGCCACGCAGACUCCCUCUUCUUCCUGGAACUCGGCCGCUCGGCGCCCACGGGCCCCGGGGAGCUGUGGCUACAGGCGCCGGAUGCCGUGGUGGCCCAAAGCAUUCACGAGACCGUACUGGCCGCCAUGAAGCGACUCGGGGAUGAUGAUGCCGGUGGCAGGACUGAGCCACUGCCAAGGGAUCCCCCGACGACGAGCUCUUACAGACCCUCUGUCUCCCAACCUUAUGCGACCCUGGCCUCGGCAGCCCAAUCAAGCAGCCUGAGCCAUCGCGGGAGCGUGGGUGAGAGGAAGGAGAAAGCAACCCCUGAGACACUGGCGGCGCUGGCGACUGCAGCUUCGCACCCUGGGGAAUUGGAGCUGGGCGGGGGCUACGUAGCCAUGGGAGCUGGGAGCAACUACGAGGCCAUGGGGGGUGGCCAAGCAGGUGGUUACAUGGUGAUGGCACCCCCGGGCCUUGCGGUGUUUGCCCAUGCCCCUCCCCACGAGCAGCUCCAGGGGUGCGGGGGCACUGAAUACGUGCCCAUGAGCCACUUUCUGCCAGGGUCCUUUUCCUUGAGCUCCCUGCCCGGUUCCUAUACGCCCAGGCCCAGGAGGCCGGGACCUUCUUUCCAAGGCCCCCCUCCCGCCGUCGGGGAAUGUUGGGGACCGACAGGGGCUCAUCCCUGCUUGCAACCACCUUCGGAGCUAGCAGGAGAGUAUGUGUACAUCAGGUACGUGGCCCCACACCACUUAGGAAUGAGCACUGCCAUACAAGACCCGGCCAAAAACCGCCUCAACUAUGUAGACCUGGACCUGGUCCCUCCAUUGGAGGCUCAAGGCGACACCCCGGGGUCCAGCAUUCACCACCCACACAGCUAUGCCCGCAUCGACUUCCAGAACCUCAGGGAGGUUCGGGUGAGGAGACAUAGGCAGCCCCCUCCAGUCUAGCUGACGGAUGGUUGGGGAGGAGGAGAGAGAAAACAGGACAAAUGCCUUCCUGCCAGCUCCCCUCAAUUCCUCCCCUCACCCUUCCAAACCUGGAGGGGCUCUUAGGCACCGCCUGCCCCCCCCACCACCCGCCCAGGACCUGUGACUUGCAGAGCUCUGAGCUGCCCUUAGGCCUACUGCCCACUCUGCUCCUUCCAGAUGUGGUGCCUGGGGAAUCUUCAGGAAAAGGUUCCCCAAGAAGCUGGAUUCUUUUAACGGAGAAAAUUCUAGAGCCACCCUCCCCUCUUCCUGCCCACAACCCCCCAGCAAAGCCCUGAUCCUUUCUCUCCUGGCAGAGUUCCUGAAGCAUGACUCCAGAUUCCCAGGCUGGCUGACUUCUCUCACGUGGACCUGUUCCUCCCUACCUGCCUUGUGUCUCCUCCCAGCCAAAGAACUAAUCCCCAGCCCCAGGGCUGAACUCCUAGGACCCCAAAGCAAG